ACUCUAUUGACUACAUUACAACAUGACUUCCCUCUCUAUCAAUAAUAAAAAACCACAACACUUUAUUACCACAGCCGACUUUACAGCUGAACAAUUGCUUGACUUUGUUCAAGUUGCCAUUCAACAUAAAGUGCAAGCAAAAUACCAAUAUCCUACACCUCUUACUGAUCUACCUUUGACUGGAAAAACGCUGGCCGUUAUGUUUUCCAAACGAUCUACUCGAACUCGUGUUGCUACUGAAUCUGCUGUUGCUUAUCUUGGUGGACAUGCCAUGUUUUUGGGAUCUCAAGAUAUUCAAUUAGGUGUCAAUGAAUCAUUAUUGGAUACUUCACGAGUAGUUAGUUCUAUGGUGGAUGGUAUUAUGGCUCGUGUAGGUGGUCAUCAUGAAAUCGAAUUACUCGCCAAGGAAUCAACAGUACCUGUGAUCAAUGCAUUAUCAGAUAAAUAUCAUCCAACACAAAUUUUAGCUGAUUUGAUGACGAUUCAUGAAUAUAUCCAUCAUCGUGACAACAAUACCUCAUCAGAUCAAUACAGUGCUCAUACACAACAUCCUCGUGAAACUUUACCAGGAUUGAAAGUUGCUUGGGUCGGUGAUGCUAAUAACAUUAUUCAAGAAAUCUUGGUGGCCUUCCUCAAAUUGGGUAUCAGUGUCUCAGUGGCUGCACCUACUGGGUAUGUUUGUGAUGAAGAUGUGAUCAAGAUUGCCCAGGCGGAUGCUCAAAAGACUGGUGCUUCUUUAUUAUUUACAACUAUUCCUGAAGAAGCGGUCAAGGAUGCAGAUUUUAUUAUUACAGAUACAUGGGUCAGUAUGGGUCAAGAAGAUGAAAAAGCAAAACGAUUGAAGGAAUUUGAAGGUUAUCAAGUGACUAUGGAUCUGGCGAAUCGUGGUGGUGCUAAACCUAAUUGGCGUUUUUUACAUUGUCUUCCACGAAAACCAGAGGAAGUGGAUGAUGAGGUCUUUUAUUCUGAUCGAUCACUUGUAUUUCCUGAAGCCGAAAAUCGAAAAUGGACCAUUUUAUCCGUCAUUGAUAGAUUGAUCGUCAAAGGUGGUUUCCAAUAGUUGUAGAUAGAUAUAUACAUACAUAGAACAAUACUUCAUUCAUAUACAAAAAUAAAGAUCUUCAUGGCAUUUACAUUCCGCUUCUUC